CCGAUCAUGUCAUCUCUCCCGCAAAAGCCCACAGAAAAUACCUUUCAAUCAUCUUCAGCUGCAGGCCCAUCAAAAAUCUGCGCCGUAUGCUCCUCUCCUGCAAAAUACACUUGCCCUCGCUGCUCUGCUCGCUCAUGUUCUCUCAACUGCUCUCAAAUUCAUAAGAGCCGUGAUUCAUGCUCAGGCAUUCGCGAUCCCGCGAAAUUUGUGCCGCUGAAUCAGUAUGGCCAAGGAGUAUGGUCCAGUGAUUACACUUUGCUGGAAGAAGGGAGGCGUCAAAUCGCAGGAUGGGGCAAGGGUAUCAAAAUUGAGGAGGUCAACGGCGGAGUUGUCAGCUCUCGAGGACGAGGCAGAGGAUCCAGAGCCCCCAAGGGCCAACGGCGAAGUAAGACCGAUGGAUUAAGAAGGGAACUUGAGAGGUAUGGCUGCAGGGCGGAAUUCAUGCCAGAAGGUAUGGGCAGAAAGAAGACGAAUCAGUCGAGUUGGAACCCCAAAACAGAACAGCUACACCUCACAGUUCACCUCAUUAUACCAAGCAAUCUCAUCCUGCCUUCUCCCGAUUCUACAAUUAUCACCUCGACAUCCUUCAAGACUAUCACUCAUCCCCGUGUUCUUUUCCAUGCUCGUGAAGCCGAAUCUCUGCCCACUAUCUCCUCCUUAUUACCAUCUUUAACCAUCCCCUUGUCUGAGAUUCGGUUUUGCCAACCUUUCCACUCAACGCCUUUCAGACCUGCACCCUCCCAUCAACCCAAUCAAAAGAUCUUUUACCCUCCACUCGAUGCCAAUAAACCGCUCAAAGAUGUGCUGAAAGGCUCAGCAUGGGUAGAGUUCCCUGAGAUACAGUUGAUGGCAAGAGAGAAUUGGGAAGAGAUGGUGGAUAAGGGGGAAGCUAUCAUUACUGAGAUAGAAGCGAUAUCUCAAGUCUCCGGCAGAGAGCGAGACUCCGGUUGGGGAGCAAAGAGAAGAUUGAACGAAGUCGCAGAAGGGAAGGUCCAACAUAAUGGUACCAAGAGGUUAAAGUCUGAAAGCAAUCAAGGGCUUCUUGCAUUGGGGGAAUAUGAUUCGGAGGAGGGCAGCGAUGCAGAAAAUGGAGCAGAGGAAGCAGAUGAUGUGAGUGCUGAGGAGGCACAGGAUCAGGAUCCCUCGCCUGAGAUCCUCGCCGCUGUGGGCCGGGCCCUUAUGGCUGAUCUUGAAGAGGCAUAGUCAGAUCUUUGUACGAAAUCAAAUUCUGUAUACGUACUGGAUGUCACGUUGCAUUGUUCCAUGCCUUUUUCGCGCUUCGCCGAUGUUGCCUCCUCUUUCUUUCCUUUCCACCACACCAAUUUU